AUGCUCAUGGUAGGCAACAGUAGCUACAGUCCGGUUACGACCACACGAUCCGGUAAGAAGGCUGACUGUUCUUCGAGCCUCAGCGAAACAGCCGCUGACGGCGUGCUACCCGACACCCCCCCGCCCCCUAGACCGAACUGGAGCCCAGAGGCUGACGGAGGUGCUGACAGGUUUUGGGAGGCACUGUCGGGCAUCUGCUCGCGUACCAUUCAGCACCCAGAUUCGCAGGUGAAUCGGCUAUGCAUCUCGCCAGACAAGCGGUUUCUGGCGGCGGCGGGCCACCACACGGUCAAGCUUUUCGACAUCAAGUCGACCAACCCGAAUCCGCUUCUGGUCUUUGAGGGACACACGACCAACGUGACGGGCGUGGCAUUCCACUGCGAGGGAAAAUGGAUGGUGACGAGCUCCGAGGACGGCACGGUCAAGAUCUGGGACACGCGCACAGCCAUGAUCCAGCGGUCGUACAGUCAUGGCUGUCCGGUCAACGACGUGGUGAUCCAUCCAAACCAGGGUGAGAUCAUUAGCUGCGACCGCGGCGGCAGCAUUCGCGUGUGGGACCUGUCCGAGAACAAUUGCACACACGAGCUGAUCCCGGAGGAGGACGUGUCGGUGGCCUGCGUGACUAUGGGGAUCGAGGGCUAUCUGCUCUGCGCAGCGAACAACAAUGGCAACGUCUUCAUCUGGCAGAUGUUACCAAUGUACGAACGAACGAAACCGGUUCCGAUCACGCAAUUCAACGCCCACAAGGAGUUCAUCACGCGCAUCUUGCUGUCGCCCGACGGCAAGCGGCUGGCUACGUGCAGCGCCGACCACACGGCCAAGAUCUGGGAGGUGGACACGACGCCGCUGGCCCCCGACGAGACGCCCAAGCCGCUCGUGCUCAACGCCACGCUCAGCCAGCACCAGCGCUGGGUGUGGGACUGCGCCUUCAGCGCCGAUUCGGCCUAUCUGGUCACCGCCUCGUCCGACCACUACGCCCGCCUGUGGGAGCUGCACAGCCAGCAGGUCAUCCGGCAGUACAACGGCCACCAUCGCGGUGCCGUUUGCGUGGCCUUGAACGACUACUCCGACACGCGAUAG